CUCUCCCUCUCUCUCCCUCACCAUCCGAAGAGAGCUCAGACUUCACAGAGCACUCUCUCUCUCUCUCUCUCUCUCUCCCCCUCCCUGAACUUUAUUCCCUCUUCAAAUUCGAUACUUUGCUCUGUCCCCCGUAGAGAACGAGGUUUGGUGUUUUCUUGCCCUGCAAUCAGUAGCAGAGCACAACAACGAAACUCCAAAAACCCAAAAAAAAGAACAUCUCCUUCCUCGUCGUCUCUCUUUCUCCCCCCUACAUUGUCUCAUCCCUCCCGGAAUCUCACAGUCACACUCUCACUCCCAGUCUUCUUGUUCCUCCAUUGUCCUUCCUUCCUCUGUUUUAAUUACCCCUGCUUCUGUUUCUCCUUCUUUUUCUUCUUCUAUUUCAGACUGUGUCCCCUGUUCCAUCUAAUCUUGACAAAAAAGGCAAGCAACACACCAAAUCACCUUCUGGGUAUUUCGGAUUUCCGCAGCAAAGGACCGAGUAAUGUCCAAAAACUGGGAUUUCCUCCUCUCUCGCUCCUCGUUGUUGCUGUACUGCAUCAAUCACCUGAAACAGAGGGCACUGUUUAAUUAAACAGAGGGAGGGCCCCGGGGGCGAGUCACCCCCUUUAUAAGUCUCAGCUGUAGAUCAGAGAGCUAUAUGAAGUUGGCAACACAAUGAGAGAUGAUGGGAGCUCCAAGAAAAGCAAGCUUUCAUGGCCCAAGACAUUCAAGAAAUGGUUCAACAUCAGGGGCAAAGCUGAGGACUUUGAGGCUGAUGACGUUGUCCAUGGAGGCGGUGAAGAAGAAUGGGGGGACAUCUACGCAGAGCAGGAGCCAUGCACGAUCAAGAAAAGCAAAACAGAGAGACUGAACAAGAGAAGUUCCGACCAACUCCGGCGAGGCAAGAUCGACCUCGAGGCCUCUCAGGUGACUGACGUGCAAAAUUACAGGCUCAGGCUCUUUGUAGCAACGUGGAACGUCGCCGGGAAAUCCCCACCGAGUCACUUGAACCUUGAGGAUUGGCUUCACACUUCACCUCCGGCUGAUAUUUACGUUCUUGGGUUUCAAGAGAUUGUCCCAUUGAAUGCUGGGAAUGUGUUGGGCACGGAGGACAAUGGACCAGCCAAGAAAUGGCUGGCACUAAUAAGGAGGACCCUCAACAGCCUUCCCGGGGCCAGCGGAGGUUGCCUCACCCCUUCUCCGAUCCCCGACCCUCUAGUUGAACUAGAUGUAGACUUUGAGGGGUCCGCAAGGCACAAAGCCUCCUCUUUCUUUCAUCGUCGAUCUUUCCAGUCACUCAGUCAAAGCAUGAGAAUGGACCGUGAAAACUUGAUGGUUCAGCCCCAUUUGGACCGGCGGUUCAGUGUCUGUGACCGGGUCAUGUUUGGUGACAGGAUGAACGAUUGUGAUCAGAGCUACCUUUGGCCCUCGUCGGAUGAGGAAAAUGGGCCUGGAGAUUCCCCUGGUAACCCUUACUAUUCUCCAGUCUUCAACAGUAAGUCAGGUUUGAUGGAGGAUAUUGAUCAUUCUCAAGCAGGGCAGUCGAGAUACUGCCUGGUUGCGAGCAAGCAAAUGGUGGGGAUAUUUCUGACUGUUUGGGUUCGGGUUGACCUCCGGGACUCAGUUCAGAACAUGAAGGUCUCUUGUGUAGGCAGAGGAUUGAUGGGUUAUCUUGGAAACAAGGGUUCAAUUUCAAUUAGCAUGUCCUUGCACCAAACAAGCUUUUGCUUCAUCUGUAGCCACUUGACCUCGGGAGAGAAGGAGGGAGACGAGCUGAGAAGGAACUCUGAUGUAAUGGAGAUUCUUAGGAAGACAAGGUUUCCCCGAGUCCAUGGCUCGGGAGAUGAAAAUUCUCCUCAGACGAUUCUCGAGCAUGAUCGAGUUAUUUGGUUGGGGGAUUUAAACUAUAGAAUCGCAUUGUCUUAUCGGUAUGCAAAGGCGCUUGUUGAGAUGAGAAAUUGGAGAGCUUUAUUAGAGAAUGAUCAGCUCCGAAUAGAACAGAAAGGCGGGCGGGUCUUUGUGGGAUGGAAUGAAGGAAGAAUAUAUUUUCCUCCAACAUACAAGUACUCAAAUAAUUCUGACAGAUAUGCUGGGGAAAACAGGCACCCAAAGGAAAAGCGAAGAACUCCAGCAUGGUGUGAUCGUAUACUUUGGUAUGGGCGAGGGCUCAGUCAGUUGUCUUAUGUUCGGGGCGAGUCGAGGUUUUCCGAUCAUAGGCCAGUUUAUGGCGUUUUCUUAGUGGAGGUGGAGUCCAUUAACCGAGGCCGAAUCAAGAAGAGCAUGAGCUGCUCCAAUGCAAGGAUCGAAGUGGAAGAGUUGCUUCCUCAUUCACAUGGGUUUACGAAUUUUAACUACUUCUAUUAGGGAACUGAGUUCUGUUCCAGUUCGAACCCAACCUUUGCUCCUCAAACAAACAAGACUUCAUCAAGCUAAGUGCAGCAGUCAUCGAGAAUCCUGCCCCGAAGGUGGAACCAAUCAAACUUCAAGUGAAAUUCAUCAAGAACUGGAGCCUGUUAAAUGCUGGUUCAUCAAUGGAACAGGCAAGUGGGCUAAAAAACAAACUCUCUCGCCUUAAAGUCUGCGAUUGAGACAUUCCAAUUACCCCAAGAGCCAGAUCGACGUCCCUUUUUUUCCACUAGCUUUCGCAUCUACGGUUUUGUCCCGACUCCCGGUUCGUCAUCGAAUAUUUCCCCAUGCCUAUGUUUGGCUGCAAACAAGUACAGAUUUGGAGCCAUGCGCAUGACUGCAACCCAAAUCCAAGAACCCGAAUCACUGAACUUGGCCAUUCAUCAGUUUGCGAACGCCGCUCGAUAGUCAGGACUAUUUGGCUCAUGAAUUCUUGAAGAAACAGAACACAGACAAGGCAAUUGUUUCUUUGCUCUCUUUUUUUGGAAUUAUUUGGCUAGAGGACAAGGAUUCAUAAAAUAUAAUUUUUUAAAUUUAUCAGCAGAGUUUUUUUUUUUUUUUUUUUAAGGUUGAGUGGAAGUGCAGUGUUAUUAUUGGGUCUGAAGCUGCAGUUUUUCUUCUUUUUCCUUCUCCUGGUGUAACUGAUUUUACUGUGGAAAGGGCACCGAGAGCAUACCUUUAUUUAUUCAUCCGUUUACUUUAUUUA